CAACCAUUAGCGACACCUCUUCCCUCCUGCUCAACCAUUAGCGACACACCUUCCCUCCUGCUCAACCGUUAGCGACACCUCUUCCCUCCUGCUCACCCAUUAGCGACACACCUUCCCUCCUGCUCACCCAUUAGCGACACACCUUCCCUCCUGCUCAACCAUUCUUGCCAGAAGAAGUCGCUCUUCAAGGAAGUACCACCAAAAUGAGCCACAGCGCAAAAUCCAAUUGCGUAAAAAUGCCACUCGAUCCAGAACUCUCCACUUUGGACAGGUACAGGCAAAGCGUAGGCCAAUCUCUGACUUCCCUCAAGACUCUGCUUAACGCUGUUCGUGCUCCAUUGCCAAAGGACACCGGCGAUGGCACAUAUCUACCACAGGCCGAUAACGAAACGGUAUUGGGCGAGAUCAACGAUGUUAUAAGAGACCUCGCACGACAAGACAUCAAGGAUAUUGCUGGACUUGUAGAAACGGUGAAAGGUGCUGCACUCGAUAAACCCCUAGACGAUAGGAAAUACUUGAUGGAAACUAUGGUGAGAGUGGCGUCCAAACUUCCCACCGAUGAUCUUCAGAAGAAAAUCACGGAGACUUUGAUUAUCACGCUUUGGAAUGAUCUGGAGCAUCCCCCGCAGACGUUGCUCAGCGAUGAGUUUCAAUUCCGCCAACCAGAUGGAAGCAACAAUUCAUACAAGUAUCCUGAUAUUGGCAAAGCUGGCAUGCCUUACGCGCGAACUGUCGCCCCAAAGACAAAGCAGGCUGGAGUGCUACCGGAUCCAGGUAUUCUGUUUGAUUCUGUGCUUGCCAGAAAGAGUCCCAAGGGUGAGCUACAUCCCAACCGGAUUUCAAGCAUGCUGUUCUACCUGGCUUCUAUCAUUAUUCAUGAUAUAUUCAGGACAGAUCAUCGGGACUUCACCAAAUCAAACACCUCCUCCUACCUGGAUCUCGCUCCCUUAUAUGGUAGCAAUUGGGAGGAGCAGAAGAAGAUGAGGACUUUCAAGAAUGGAAUGAUCAAGCCUGAUUGCUUUUCGGAAACUCGCCUCCUUGGCUUGCCACCUGGUGUCGGCGCGAUCCUGAUUUGCUUCAACAGAUACCACAAUUACGUAGUCCAGCAGCUUGCUGCGAUCAAUGAAGACGGACGAUUUACCGAGGAUGCAGAAAAGCCAGCAAUGGUAGAGAGAUAUACCAACAAGGAAGGGAAGAAAGAUACGAUCAACAAGCGUGAUGAUGACCUCUUUCAGACGGCUCGCCUCAUCACCUGCGGACUUUACAUCAACAUUAUCCUGAUCGACUAUGUCCGGACCAUUCUCAAUCUGAACAGGACUGACAGCAACUGGCAGCUCAAUCCGCGCGUCGAGGUUCAGGAUGGACCACCUAUGGGGACAGGAAAUCAAUGCAGCGCAGAAUUCAAUCUUGUCUAUCGCUGGCACUCAGCUAUCUCUGAAAGGGAUGACUACUGGACCCAGGAAUUGUUCAAGGAGAUGUUCCCUGGCGUUGAGCCUUCCAAGGUUGCAGAGCCGCAGAAUGUCGGAAUGUUUUUAGGAAAGCUGGCUGAGGACCAGAUGAAGAUCCAAAAGCUAGAUCCUACUGAGCGUCCAUUUCCGGCACUGAAAGCAGAACAAGAGAAGAUGCCGCGCAAGAAGGACGGCCCAUUCAAAGGCAACUAUGACGACGAUGAUCUUGCCGACCUUCUUACCAGUAGUAUCGAGGACUGUGCGAACGCCAUGGGUCCCCAGCAGGUACCAACGAUUAUGAAGGCCAUAGAAACGCUCGGCAUUAACCAAGCAAGGACGUGGAGAUGUGCGACAUUGAACGAGAUGCGAAAGCAUUUUAAAUUGAAGCCUCAUGAGAAGUUUUCCGACAUAACCGAGAACGAAGAGGUAGCCACCGCUCUAAAGCAUCUCUACGACAGCCCUGAUCAGGUCGAGUUGUAUCCUGGACUUGUGGUAGAAGAUGCCAAGGAUCCUGUACUGCCCGGCAGUGGUUUGUGUCCUUCGUAUACAGUUUCUAGAGGAGUCUUGUCAGAUGCUGUGGCACUUGUCAGAGGAGACAGAUUCUACACUUCCGCCUACACUCCUGCAUUACUCACCAACUGGGGCUACCAGGAGGCUCACUACGACCUAGCGAUCGACAAUGGCUGCGUCUUUUAUAAGCUGUUUCUACGUGCUCUGCCAAACAGCUUCGAUCCUAUGAGCGUUUACGUCCACUAUCCUCUGACGAUUCCAUCGGAAACCCGCACGAUCUUGAAAGGUCUCAAGAAAGAUCAUUUGUACAACUUCGACAGGCCCCAAGAGUCACAUCACCCUGUCGUUCUUUUCAGUGCUGAAGCUGCAAAGAAGGUAACUGAGGAUCAAGAGACAUUCCACGUCACUUGGGGGCCUGCGAUGGAAUUCUUGAUGGGACCCAAGGCCAAAAAUUUCAUGUUGGCAGGGGACGGUCCCGAGAACGCGGCUUCUCGAAAGAUUAUGGAGAAGCCUAUGUACCAAGGCGCCUCCUCACGAUCGAUACCACAAGGCAAUGAGAAGUGGCUGAGGGCUGUACGCGACUUCUACGAGCUGAAGACCACGGAGCUUCUCAAACAGAAGUCGUACAAACUGGCAGGCAUGCGAUAUGUUGACAUCAUCCGAGACGUGUCAAAUAUGGCUCACGUGGCCUUUGGUGCUGAGCUCUUCAGUAUUCCAUUGAAGACCGAAGACUUCCCGCACGGCAUUUUCACAGAGCAACAACUCUACCUCAUCAUGGCAGCAGUUUUCAUAUGUGUCUUUUUCGACUUGGACCCCCCGAAAAGCUUUCCGUUGAGAGUCAAAGCCCGCGAAGCUUGUCAAACACUCGGGAAGAUAAUGGCACUGCAAGUCGAGAGCGUGAAGCGUUUCGGUAAACUCUCCGAAACACUAAUAGACGCUGUUAUGCCAAACGAGGGUCCUUUAAAGGAGUAUGGAGUUCACAUGAUUGCCCAGCUCUGCAAAGCGAAUCCAGACCUAAGCGUGGAUGACCUUGUUUGGGGCAAUAUCAUGGGAACAGCUGGCGGCAUGAUUCCGAAUCAAGGGCAGCUGUUUGGUCAAGCGCUGGACUAUUUUUUCACCAACGAAGGCCACAAAUACUGGAGUGAUAUUCAGAAGCUCGCGAAGCAAGACACGCUAGAAGCAGACGACAAAUUGAUGCAUUACUUGAUGGAAGCUGCACGCUUGUCCGGCGAGACCGGCGCCUUUAGAUAUGCGACCAAGGACGUUACGAUCGUGGAUGACACUGGAUUGGAAAAUCUUCCCAUCGGAGACAAGGGCAAGAUCACGCACCACAUCAAGCAAGGGGACAUUGUAAUGGUGAACUUCAAGGCCGCCUCUCGCGACGCACGUCUAUUUCCAAAUCCCGAUCAGCUCGACCUCAACCGACCGCUCGAUUCCUAUCUCAUGCUUGGACAUGGAGCACAUCAAUGUUUGGGUCUGCCGAUGACUCGCGUCGCACUCACGACAAUGUUGAAGGUCAUCGCGCGCCUCGACGGUCUAGAGCCUAUGCCGGUAUCUGUUGGCAAGCAAAGUGGGCCGCAUUGCGUGAAGAAAGUGGUGAAAGAAUUCAUCCCGGGCGACCGAGCAUACCUUCCUGAGAGCUGGCACUACCACCUUUACCUGACGGAGGAUUGGGAUCAGUACUUUCCUUUCCCAACUUCUCUGAAACUGCGGUUCAAAGGUGAGGUACCCAAUGUCAAGGCAGCGUAAGCAAGAGAAUUGUUUUAGAGCUUGGCAAAUAUUGCAGAUGUAUGUAUGGCUUGCAUGAGGUGGUCAGUUAUUCUACAGUCUAUCAGCCGAACUCGGACUCUAUGUGUAGCCUUAUGAUUAUUCUUCUUCUGAGC